AUGCCACAAGUUGAUUGUUUGGUUGAUGAAGAUGUGCCUCCAAAGACAACCAACCCUACACAACCAAUUUCUAAGCCUACUUUUGUCACCCCACCUCCUUUCCCAAGCAGACUGAAGAAGACUAAAAAGGAAGAGGUUGACAAGGAAAUUCUUGAUACAUUCCGCAAGGUAGAAGUAAAUAUUCCUCUUCUUGACGCUAUUAAACAAGUGUCGCGCUAUGCCAAGUUUUUGAAAGAGUUGUGCACUAAUAAGCGUAAGUUAAGGGGUAAUGAAAAAGCUAUGAGGUAUCCAAGUGAUGGACAUGUUGUUUACUUUCUUGAUGUGUUAGAUAUCCUUUCUCAACGAGUCUUAGAUUUGCAUAAUGAAGAUUGUUUGGAGGUUGCAUUGAAAGAGCAUCUUGUGUUGACCGAUGAAGAUUUUUCUGAUGAGAUCAUGGAUGUCAUAACCACACUCAAUAGUGGAUUUGACAAGACUUUUAAGAAGGUUUCAUUUAUGGAUUUACCGAUUUCUAAUGAGAAAUUACAGCCAUCAACUGUUCAAGCUCCUACACUUGAAUUGAAGCCACUUCCGGAGCAUCUUGGAUAUGUUUACUUGGGGAAGAAUGAGACACUUCCAGUUAUAAUUGCAAGAAAUCUUAACCAAGUUCAAGAAGAAAAAUUAUUAAGAGUACUUCAAGAAUAUAAAAUAGCCAUUGGUUGGUCUAUUGCUGAUAUUAAGGGGAUUAGCCCUUCUAUGUGCAUGCACCGAAUUUCACUUGAAGAAGGGUCUAAACCAACACGUGAGGCACAACAAAGAUUAGAUCCACCUAUGAUGGAGGUUGUGAAAAAUGAGAUACUGAAGCUCAUUAGUGUGGGUAUUAUUUACCCAAUUUCAGAUAGUCAAUGGGUGAGUCCAGUUCAGGUAGUGCCAAAGAAGUCAGGAAUCACAGUGGUAAAGAACGAUGAAAACGAGCUAGUGCCAAAAAGAAUGCAAAUUGGGUGGCGAGUUUGUAUAGACUACCGAAAGUUGAAUGCGGCAACUCAUAAAGAUCACUUUCCAUUACCUUUCAUUGAUCAUAUGCUUAAGAGGUUAGCAGGCCAUCCUUAUUAUUAUUAUCUUGAUGAUUAUUUGAGAUAUAAUCAGAUUGUUAUUUCUCCUAAAGAUCAAGAGAAGACAACCUUCACAUGCCCUUUUGGUACAUUCACUUUCCGACGUAUGCCGUUUGGGCUAUGUAAUGCUCCUGCAACUUUUCAGCGAUUCAAGGGAAUAGAGGUUGAUAAGGCAAAUAUUGAUUUAAUUCGUUCUCUACCAUCUCUGACUAGUGUGAAAGAAGUGAGAUCAUUCCUUGGGCAUGCCGGGUUCUAUAGGAGAUUUAUCAAGGAUUUCUCUAAAAUUUCCACACCACUAUGCAAUCUUCUUCAAAAAGAUGUAAAAUUUGAGUUUAAUGAAAAGUGUUUAGUGGCUUUCAACUUAUUAAAAGAGUCUUUGACUACAGCUCUUAUAAUUCAGCCACCAAAUUGGGAGCUACCUUUUGAACUCAUGUGUGAUGCAAGUGACUAUGUCGUGGGAGUUGUUCUUGGGCAGCGAGUUGACAAGCUUCCUCAUUCAUACUUGAUAAGAACUAAAGUGAUUGUUUAUACUGAUCAUGCUGCUCUUCGCUAUCUAUUGGCAAAGAAAGAAGCCAAGCCUCGGCUGAUUCUGUGGAUUCUACUUCUUCAAGAGUUUGACUUGGAGAUAAAAGAUAAAAAGGGUUCUGAGAAUUUGGUAGCGGACCACUUGAGUCGUCUUAUUCGGGAUGAAGAUAAUUUGCCCACAGAAGAAAAAUUUCAUGAUGAGCAACUCCUCGCCAUGCAAGAAGUUAUUCCUUGGUAUGCCGACAUUGUAAACUACCUUGCUUCAAAGGAGUUACCAAGUGAUCUCACACAAGCACGAUGGAACACGAUCAAGCAUUAUGCUCACCACUACAUAUGGGACGAACCUUAUCUUUGGAAGCAUUCUACAGAUCAAAUCAUUCGGAGGUGUGUACCCAAAUCUGAAUUCCGUUCUAUCCUUGCUUUUUGUCAUGCUUAUGCUUGUGGUGGACACUUUGGACCUAAGAGGAUAGCUCUGGAUUACGUGUCUAAAUGGGUAGAAGCAAUUUCAACUAGAACAGAUAAUUCAAAAACAGUGGUGGAUUUCAUUUGCUCUAAAAAAUUUGUGCGCUUUGGUACACCUAAGGCUAUACUUAGUGAUCGAGGCACUCAUUUUUGUAAAAAGAGUAUAGAAGCAUUGUUUCGACGCUAUAGUAAAACUGUAAAUCCAAACCGGAAAGAUUGGAGUACAAGGCUUGAUGAUGCCUUGUGGGCUUAUCGUGCGGCAUAUAAAACACCUAUCGGUAUGUCACCAUAUCAAUUGGUGUAUGGGAAGCCUUUCCAUCUACCGGUAGAGCUAGAGCAUAAGGCUUGGUGGGCUGUAAAGAAGUGUAACAUGGACAAGGUUGCUGUAGGACAACAACGAAUGCUUCAAUUGCAUGAGCUAGAAGAAAUACGCAAUGAAGCAUAUGAGAGCUUGAGAAUCUACAAGGAGAAAACCAAAUUGAAGUCUCGCUGGUUAGGUCCGUUCAAUGUCACCAAGGUUUUUCCUCAUGGAGCGGUCAAAGUUGUAAGUCCAAGUACUGGAAAUUCAUUCAAAGUGACUGGUCAGAGAUUAAAGCCAUAUUACGAAUCAAUGGAGAAAGAACAAGCUGUUGUGAUUCACCUCAUUGACCCGAUAUAUGUUGAUGAAUAA